AUGUCCAGUCAAGACUAUGUAGACGCUCAGCUUGCCAGAGAAAAAUGGGCUAUCAAUUACGCCUGUGAAUCUAUCAAAUCUGCAGAAGCUUGGGGAGAAGCUGGUCCAUGGAAUUACGCGCCAUAUCCUAUCAACAACACUCGAUACACUGUUUCUAGUGAUGCAGACUACGAUUCUAUUAUGUUUAAUAAUGGCCUGCCUCUCUCUAGAAAGGGAAAGCUUGGGGUAUACCACAGGGUUAUCACUACGGCAAAAGGAAAAAAGAUCAAGGGUCGCGACUGGAGCUCAGGGCCCAGUGAUGCGGAUAUAAGCGCCAUCAAGGCUAUAUGGGGGAGGACAACAAUUCCAGACCUUCCCUUGUUGGAUUAUAGUAUUAUUGAUCCAGAAGAUGAUUUUGGAAAGCCACUGGUGCAGUUGGAGUGGGAGUGCAAUUAA